UAAUAAGACACACAUUGUGUUUAUGUUAGUGCAUUCCAGAUAUACAUUUAUUUUAUCAACCAUUCAUUCACACUAUAUGAACAUGUGAAAACGAUUACAAUUCGCAACUGAUGACAUCACUUCACACUUGUUCUUCAAACUAAUCCAAUCAUCAACAACAAUGCUAUAGCUCUACUUAAAUCAACACAUCACUCUCUCCUUGUUCUUCCAUCUUCCAUUUGCUUCAUGAAAAUGGACAAGGAAGUUCAACUUUCUUCAGUUGUUGAUGCUGAUCAUGAAAUGGUUGAAAUCUCACACCAAUCAGAAAGACGCAAGGGUGGUCUUAUCACCAUGCCUUUCAUCAUUGCAAAUGAAGCACUUGCGAGAAUGGCUAGUUUGGGAUUAUUACCUAACAUGAUAACCUAUUUGAUGGGAAGUUACAGACUUCAUCUUGGAAAAGCUACUCAGAUUCUUCUCUUAUCUUCUGCAGCCAGUAAUUUCACACCUGUUGUUGGUGCUUUUAUCGCAGAUUCUUAUUUAGGUCGAUUCCUCGGCGUUGGAUUAGGUUCUGCUGUCAGUUUUCUGGGAAUGACACUGUUGUGGUUAACAGCCAUGUUCCCUCAAGCCAGGCCUCCUUCAUGUAACCAUCAAAAUGGAGGGUGUAAAUCAGCUACAAAAGGUCAAAUGGCAGUGUUACUCUCCGCGUUCGGUCUAAUGUCGAUUGGAAAUGGUGGUCUUUCGUGUUCUUUAGCAUUUGGUGCUGACCAAGUGAAUAGAAAAGAUAAUCCAAAUAACCAUAGAGUUUUGGAAAUUUUCUUCAGUUGGUAUUAUGCUUUCACAACUAUUGCUGUCAUAAUUGCUCUCACUAUAAUUGUAUAUAUUCAAGAUCAUCUUGGAUGGAAGAUCGGUUUCGGUGUUCCAGCAGCACUCAUGCUUUUAUCUACUAUCUUAUUCUUUCUCGCUUCUCCUCUUUAUGUUAAGAUUACAAAAAGAACCACUUUGUUCACUGGUUUUGCUCAAGUAACUGUUGCUGCUAUUAAGAACAGAAAAUUUCAGUUACCUUCUCAGAACUCAGCUGAAUUCUACCAUCACAACAAGGACUCAGAUCUUGUUGUUCCUACUGAUAGACUAAGGUUUAUGAAUAAAGCAUGUGUUAUUAGGGAUCGUGAGCAAGAUAUAGAUUCAGAUGGUUCAGCGAAAAACCCUUGGAGAUUAUGCACAGUAGAUCAAGUAGAAGAACUAAAAGCCAUUGUUAGAGUUAUUCCACUGUGGUCAACAGGGAUCAUGAUGUCCCUUAACAUUGGAGGAUCAUUUGGAUUACUUCAAGCUAAAUCCUUAGACAGACAUAUCACCUCACACUUUGAAGUUCCAGCAGGAUCUUUUAGUGUCAUCAUGGUAGGUGCAAUAUUUAUAUGGAUUGUUCUCUACGACCGCGUUCUUAUUCCUCUAGCAUCAAAGAUAAAAGGGAAACCGGUUAGGAUAAGUCCAAAGAGAAGAAUGGGAAUUGGGUUGUUAUUAUCUUUUCUCCACUUGGUAACUGCAGCGACUUUUGAGAGUAUAAGGAGAAAGAAAGCGAUCAAAGAAGGAUACUUGAAUGAUCCUCAUGGAGUGUUGAAAAUGUCUGCAAUGUGGCUUGCACCUCAACUUUGUUUAGGUGGUAUAGCUGAAGCAUUCAAUGGUAUAGGCCAAAAUGAAUUCUAUUACACAGAAUUUCCAAGAAGUAUGUCUAGUGUUGCCGCUUCUCUCGGUGGAUUAGGAAUGGCUGCAGGAAACUUGGUAUCUUCUUUUGUAUUCAGCACUAUAGGAAACGUUACUUCCAGAGGAGGAAAACAAGGGUGGAUUACUGAUAAUAUUAACCAGGGUCGUUUCGACAAGUACUAUUGGGUUAUAGCUGGAGUUAGUGCUCUUAAUUUAGUGUAUUAUUUAGUAUGCAGUUGGGCUUAUGGGCCUACUGUUGAUCAAGUAUCUAAGGCAACUCCUGAAGAAAAUGGCUCCAAGGAGGAAGAUUUAACCGAAUUCGAGAAUAUGAAUCCACUAUUUGAUGACAAGGGAAGUGAUGAAACUAGUUCAAAGGAAAAAGAGUUAACUGAAUUCAAGAAUUUGGAUCAGGUUGAGAAAGUACUGAAGAGUAGUGAAGAAAGUGGCUAAAAGAAGGAAGUGUUAACAAAGGAUUAAUUAAUGGGGUUGAUUAUAGAGCAAACGUGCUUCAUUAGUAGAUAAUGAUUAUGAUUCAUACUCAAAUGGGAUAGGCAUAUUCCUUUUUCCUGUUUGUUUUGAUAAGUAUUAAUAGGAAUAUAUGAUUAGGCUAUAUAAUAUAAAUUUACUAUUUGAUCAUGUAUACUCAACUUGUGCUUGAAGAUAUAUAGUUUAAACAUAUAAUAGGUGAAAUGCAAGGCACCAAAGUAUGCUUUGUCUCUAUAUCUUAUAAAUGCAAUAGUUUUCUAUACAA